UUGUUUGGUGCUACAGUUCGGGUCUGAUUAUGGAUAGCUGUGGGGACUUGCUGCCUCACCACUCGGGGCUGAGGCCACAGACAGGACCCUCACCUUACACUGUUACCACAGAGCACCGCAGCUACAGACCUGGAGAAGAAGUCAAAGUUAUGCUUCAGGGUCCAGCAUCUAGUCCAUUCAUUGGUUUUCUGCUCCAGGCUAGAGUAGUAGGGGACAGUUUUCCUGUUGGCUGGUUUUCUUUGAUAUCAACAGCUGCUCAACUCCUCACCUGCCACCAAAGAUCUAAUUACCAGGUUUUUUGGGUUAAUGUGACAAGUCCCUCCCUGAAGAUUGUUAAUGACUAUCAAGAUGGAUCAACCAGUUCACCGACUCCACCAGUUUCCAGCACUCCACAACUUCAUGGUAUUUCAAGUGCAGGCUGCGGCAUCACAAAAGUGUGCUUCAGUCAGCCCCCAAACUGUGAUCCAACGGUUUUUCCUGACUGUUACUUCAUGUCGGCCAUGAUGACAUCUCCUAAUGGUCCAGCCAUCCGCUAUGAGAUGACAGGUCCCUCUGAUGGAUAUAUUGCUUUUGGAUUCUCAGAUGAUCAGAGGAUGGGAAAUGAUGAUAUAUAUAUCUGUGGCGUGGGCAGUAAUGGACAGCUGUGGGUUCAACGGGCUUUUUCAACAGGACGAUCAGUUCCACAAGUUGUUCCUCUGGGAAACGUUUCCGAAGUCAAAACAUCGAUGCAAAACAGAGUCCUCAGCUGUUCCUUCACUUCCACAAAUAUCAUUUCUACCAAGGCAACUUCUGGCUUCAAAAAAACCUACCACCUCAUGUUUGCCCAUGGGCCCAGCAACAGGGGUAAUGCGAUCCUCACUGCUAACCAUAAGUGU